AUGGAGGAGCUAUUAAGGGAUAUGAUAAAGCAAUUCUACAAGGCAAGGAAGGAGUUUGCUCCUAGGGAAAUUGAUACAAUGAAAGUGGUAUCACUAAUUGAAGAAUUGAAGAACUAUUUACAUGAACAAAGCAAUGAAUCUUUAGAUUAUUAUGUGUACAAGUUGCCAUCUCUACCAUUUGAAAAAGCCUUUGAAGUCUUUUGUAAGAAGGUGUUCCAACGUGAAGGGGGGCAAUGUCCUCCAGAUUUUGUUGACUUUUCUCGUGGCAUAGUUGAGAGAUGCAGAGGGUUACCAUUAGCAAUUGUGGCCAUAGGUGGUCUUUUUUCAACCAAAGCCAAGGUAGUCUCUGAGUGGAACAAAGUUCUUGAUAGUCUUAGUUCAAAGUUUGAGAGUAAUUCUCGUCUUAGAAGUGCUCCUAUUGAUUACAUUCUGAAAGAAGUUGGUAACCUAUUGCAUCUAAAAUAUUUAAGCCUAAGAGAUACCAAAGUACAAAUACUUCCGAAGUCCAUAGGUAAACUGUACAACCUAGAGACAUUGGAUUUGAAAUAUUCCCUUGUGUCUGAACUACCAAUAGAGAUUAGUAGGCUCCGUAAGCUACGAUAUCUUGGAGCGUACAUUAAAAACAAUGAUGUCGAAUUCAAAUUUGACUUUUUACAAGCUGUAAAGAUACACUGUGGCAUUCGGUGUUUACAAUCCUUACAAAAGCUUUUUAAGAUUGAAGCCAACAACAAUGCCCUUAUAACAGAAUUGGGAUAUUUGGGACAAUUGAGGAAGUUGGAGAUCACUAAAUUGAAGAGAGAAAAUGGGAUAGUUUUGUGCACUGUGCUAGAGAAAAUGAGACACUUUCUUUCAUUGAAAAUCAUGGCAACAAGUGAGGAAGAAGUUCUUGAAUUACAAUCAAUGUCUUCUCCUCCACCCCUCCUACAAACUCUUGCCCUAUUUGGGCGACUAGAAAAGGUGCCAGAAUGGAUUCCUAAACUCAAGAGUAUUGUUAGAAUUGGUUUAUACUGGUUAAAAUUGAUGGAUGAUCCAUUAAAAGUCCUUCAAGCUUUGCCUAAUUUGAAGUAUCUUUGGCUUUACAACGUAUACGGAGGUGAGCAAUUACAUAUUGAGGGAGAAGGCUUCCAGAAACUCAAGUUUCUUGGACUUGAAAGUUUGGGAGGAUUGAAUAGGUUGAUGAUAGACAAAGGUGCCCUACCUUUUCUUGAAAGGCUUCGAAUUGGAGCUUGCCCACAGCUGAAGGAGGUGCCCUCUGGCAUCCACCAUCUUAAAUGA